AUGUCACAAUCGCUCACCAACAUUACUGAUCACGGCGUUAAACGAAAGCGUAAAAAAGUCUCGCUAGCAUGUGUAUUCUGCAGACGGUCCCACAUGACGUGCGACGAAGGUCGUCCGUGCCAACGAUGUAUCAAACGAAGCAUUGGCCAUAUGUGUCACGAUGAACCUCGACCCGAUGCGAAAAAAGCGGCAUUGAAUGCUGGAGAGAACAAACGGCCAAGGGAGCCCAGCAACCACGACCAUAGUCACCAUCUCCAUAGCAGUCAGUACAACAACGGAAAGCUCGCCUUGACGUUUGCAAGCGAUUCGAUGGGAGACGAGCUGACAGUCAUCAAUGAUUUUCUGGACGAUAUGUCAUCGCAUAAAACAACCACCAGUAACAUAUCAACAAUGACGAGUAGCUCAUCAGCGACAGUAGUAGCAUCAGCAGCAGCAAAGAUUACUCCAGCAACCUCCAGUAAAGACAAGUUUUUUCUCACAGCAGCUGAUCCACAAGACGGCAAACUUGAAGAUCGGCUGAACGAGGUCAUUAAUGCCAAAUACGAGGCCGGAUUCCUCAAACCAUACAAUUAUGUGAGCGGUUAUGCUCGGCUCCAGCGUUACAUGGAUCAACACAUGUCUUCGAGCAGUCGUCAGCGAAUCUUAAAUGUCAUGGGGACUUUCCGACCUACAUUUCGGGAUGUGGCACAAGCACUUACUGAUGUCGACUUAAUAUUGGUGGAAGAAGCAUUUGAGCGGUUAUUAUUGGAUUAUGACAGAGUGUUCAGCGCAAUGGCUGUACCUGCAUGUCUAUGGCGAAGGACGGGCGAGAUUUAUAAGGGUAACAAGGAAUUUGCGUCGUUGAUCGACGUCCCUGUUGAGAAACUGCGAGAUGGUAAACUUUGCAUCUAUGAAAUCAUGGCUGAGGACUCGACAGUAAACUAUUGGGAGAAAUAUGGCAAUAUUGCAUUUGACUCACGGCAAAAAGCUGUAUUGACCUCAUGUUUACUAAAACAUCGAUCCAAAGGCGUCUUGAUGCCUUGCUGCUUCUCCUUUACCAUCCGGCGUGACAAAUAUAACAUGCAAGUAUCGCAAUAUCUACUCGAAAUGAUGUGUACAACGAUCAUUGUCGGCAACUUUCUUCCGAUAGAAAUCCAGCCAUGA